CUGUCUUCCAGGAUUGCUAGCGGGUGGUGUUAUGCCAGGCACUCUUUAGACAUUUGGGCAGAAUGGCACGGGGAUGUGACGCCAUGGCUGAUAAAGAGGACCACGAGAACGGGGAGUGCGAAAUCCCGAUGAUUCAGAUCGACAGCAAGGCGAUAGAAGUGGCCAACGAAUCUCUGUUAGUCGAAGAUGACGACGACGCCGCCGUCUUCCUGCAGGAGCUGGGCAUCAACUUCGGCAUCACGGCCAGAUCGAAGGGCAGGGCAUCCGUCUUCCAGAGCGUGGAAGUUUCCCGCGAGGGCUCGGCCGUCUCUUCGGGCAUGUCCUCCGUGAUCUCCCGGCAGAAGUCCUCCAGGACCUUGGUCGACGUCGUCAGUAGGGUCACCCAGGGCGGAGAAGGUCAGCUGUAUCGUCUGCUCUCUGCCAAAAGGAACCACGUGCAGCAGCUUAACAGCGACAUCAUCUUCCUGCAGCGCAGGAUCAAGGAACUCGAAGAGCAAAAUCGGUUGUUGGUACGUGUCGGAAAGAGGCAAGAAGCUGCUCUCCGUCGCUACCAGGACAUGAAGAGUGAACUGCCCCACAUCAUAGAGGCCCACAAAAUAGAAAUCCAUGUUCUGCAGGAAAAGUUACGGAGGGCUACUGAAACUAACCGUCGAAGCAACGAAAAAUUGAAGGAUACAGAUGGAAGGAUCCUCAAACUGACAGAGGAACUGUCCAGGCUCAGGAACCUCAGCAAGAAGCGCCACUUGCCCGAGAGAGACCAACUCAACAGGAAGCUUAGUGCAACGGUCCUGUCUCUCGAUGAAAAGGGAAAAGAAGCCGAAGAACUAAAGCGUCGUUUAGCCAUAGUGGAGAAAUCUCUGAAACAGCAAGUUCAGGCUGAAGUUGCAAGGCACAGGGCUACAGCCAAGAAACUAUACGGUCUUCAGUGCGAGCACCACAAACUUGAGGAUACUCUUCAGGAACGAGACAGGGAGCUUGCAGCCUUGCAGCAGUACAGUCGAAGAGCUGGUCGAAAUCUUGCGAGCAGUAACUCGACAACAGCAACUUCCUCAAGGUCAGCCUCCAUUUCGUCGCGACGCAAAUCAGGAGGACGUAAUCGAGGUAGUGGCUCUUCAACUACGACAACAUCAGGAAUUGUAUCCUCCAUAGAAACCAUUUCAACUGCUUGUGAAUCGAGGGCUUCAGUAUCUCUUGAUGCCAGUGGAAGACUUCCUCCGAUUAGUGCUGACCUCCGUAAGAGAAGUAGUGAAUCCCAGAUGAUAUCAUCCACCCUCACGGUGUCUCCAGAGCCUACCGAGGUGCCAACAAGAAGAUCACGACAUAGAUCAAAAUUAAAUAAGGAAAACACUGAAGAUAGGCGAGUGGGGCGACUCCGACGUGGACGGCAGUCUCCACAUCACUCUACAGAUGAUGAUUACUUAGCAUCUCCUCGUUGUACUCCUACUACAAGUCCAACAACAACACCAGAACCUCAAAUGCAGCAACAGUCAGAAUCCAACGAAGAAGAAGCGACAGAUGGUUGUAGAACCCUCCCUGGUCACUCAGACCAAAGGAAACGACAGAGCCUUGCAGCAAGUUUGCAAGAAGCAAGACAAAAAGAUAUGCAAGAAGGAAGUAAUAAAGAGGAGAGUCCUGAAACGUGCAAAACUAUCCAGCCAACAGUUACACGAGAAUACUCCCUUAUUGAAAAUUAUCCUCCUCGUGAAAGAGGAGUUCUUACAGGAGGAUCAAGUGGUGGGUCAGACAGUGGGAGUGGCGUAUCACCACCUCCAAUAAAGCCAGUGGCCUUCGUUACUGAGGGCCGUGUGCAAUCUCGUCUUUCACGCUUAGAAUCUCCUAUGCCUUCAAGGGGCGUCCAUAGAAGGCGCACUACAGGUACUGCUGCUGCUGCAGAAGUUCGUUCAGUCUCUAGCCUUUCAAAAUUAGAUGCAAAUACUCCUGCAAAACCUUCCCGCUCUGCUAUCACACCAUAGUUGUACAAAACUUGCUUUUGAGUUCAAGAAUGCUUUCCCGAAACAUUCGUUUUGUCAGUACAUAGUAUGUAGCCUCCACGUUCGAGUAAGAAAAAUACAACCUUAAAUCCUUUGCAUUUUGAGUACCAUUCUAUUGGAAUGUUAUUACCGUACAGAAAAUCUUUUAACAGGUACCACCAAGUUCUAUAGUGAAUUAGAAAUUCUAAUUCUAUAGAGCUAUACAAAUUCAAAAAUAUAAUGUUCUAUUCUGAAUUAGUUGAGGCUAAUUUAAUAGAACAUUCUCAGAGUGAAACUGAAAUUGUUCAGAUAGUGAAUACAGAAUUGGAAGUACUACUUAAAAUGUUGAGAAAUAGAAGGAAAUAUUGUAUUAUUACCGAGGCAGAUAUUGAAACAUGUUUAUACAAAAUAUUGUAGCCUAAGAAUUUAUUGCACCAUUACAUUUUAUUAUAGGAUUUGUCUCUGAUUCACAAUUAAAAUUUCAUGCUUGUUAAAGUUUUUGUUACCCACCACAUUUUUUAGUAUAC